AUGCAAAAUAUUUCUGAUCAGUGGCAACCUCCACCGCCGGAUGUUUACAAGCUAAACUUUGAUGCUGCUGUGUUUUCGGGGCUGAACAGAACAGGUAUAGGUACCAUUAUUCGAAAUGAUAAGGGGGAGGUUAUGGUUGCAAUGUCUGCUAUUGGAUCAAGUGCAGAAAACAGUGAAGAAGCUGAGUUGAUGGCCUGUAGAAGAUCGUUGGAGUUUGCUAUUGAUGCUGGGUUUUCAAGUUUGAUAAUUGAGGGUGAUAAUGCUAAUGCCAUUCAAGCCAUUUCUUCGUCUCUCCCUAACAAUUCUUAUCUUGGAUGUGUGGUGGAUGAUAUUCGCCACUUGAUACAUGGGUUAUAUUGGGCUAGGACUAAUCAGAUUAGGAGGGGAGCGAAUACAGUGGCACAUGUUCUUGCCCAAUUUGCUAGAGAUUUAGAUGAGGAUUUAGUUUGGAUUGAGGAUUCUCCUCCACCCGCUUUGGCAGCUUUGUUUCAUGAUAUUUCGUUAUUAUAA